AUGGCUACUUCACUCGCCGUCGAUAAACCCCAUUUGCCGCCCGCUGAUGCGGAUGCGAACGACCCCUUCGUCUCACCUCCUGGCCCUGCCAACCAACGAUACUCCGGCUACGACAGUCAAUUCUUUGCUCUUGGCCCCGGCGCAUCCCCAGAUCAGGCAAAACGCGCAUUGCAAGCACACAUUGCCGACACCGAACGUCGCCUAGAUGAAGCCGGGAAGCUGGGUACCGCCUUGGUCCAGCAGCGCAAGGAACUUGCCGAGCGCUUGAAGGAAGUUGAGGAGUUGCAGACCGAGGGAGAGCUCACUCCCGAUCUGCGCACGAAGCUUGUCGACAUUGAGAGGGAGUUCAACGAUGUCGCCCGAGAGACAGCACGGGCGUUUUUGCCCAAGCAGAGAGUCCCCAGCAACGAAGCUGCUGGAGGUUCACCCUAUGUUCCGGACGGCAAGAUGGGCAGACGCUCCGUCAGCCCUUCCAAGUUUGAGAACAUUGCUACAGGAUCACCUUCGAAGCUCAGUGUGCCAAAUCGCAAAGUCCGCAACCAGCAGUCCAGCCGCAUUCACGACAUCGAGUUCGCCGCCGAAAUCAGUACUUCUCUGAUCGCCCAAGUCCGCAAUCUUCAGUCUCUGCUCGCCGAGAAGGACGAAGAGCUUCGAGAUACCAAGACCGAAAAGUCCAGGUUAGAGAUCGAGACCGAGAGUUUCCAGCAGCGUGUAAAGACCCUCGACGAGAGCGAGAACCGGUACAAAGACGAGAACUGGAACCUGGAGACCCAGGUCCACGAAUUGAUCGCUUCUCAGAAGGAUGCUGCCGAUCGCGAGAAGAAGUUGACGCAGAGUCUCAAUGUCUUGCAAGCGGAGAAGAACUCUGCCCAGAAGGAACUCGAUGACACCAAGGUGUCUCUUGCUAAGCUUGCUGAAGAGCACGAACGUUUUGCCAAGCAUCUUGACUUGGACUUGACUACCGCCAAGAAGAAUGCCGCUGUGGCCGAGACUGAGAGAAAUGCGCUGCAACGCAAGGUCGAUGACUUGAUGAGCCAGAACCAGGAGCUCGCCAGAGCCAUUUCUUCCCAGCGCGGUCGCCUUUCCGAUCGCGACUUCGGCCGUGUCCCUAGCGACGAAGACUUGGAGGCUGCCGCAGACGGUUUCACUCCCGAGCACUCCCCGCCCCCGUCUCCCAUCAAGGGAACUCCUCGCCAUGCUAUGCUUGAGUCGGAGACUCUCAAGAGCUCCCUGCUCCAUGCUCAGCGCACCAUCCAGAGCCAAAAGACCGUCAUCCACCGCGAAAAGACCGAGAAGCUCGAGCUUAAGCGACUGCUUCAGGACACCCGUGACGAGUUGGAGAAGCUGCGCACCGAGGCAGCUCCCGCACCUGCUCGCCGCAACCGCAAGGUCGAGUCUAGGGAGUUCAAGAAGCCAUCCCGUGGAUUGCUCGGAGGUCAUCGCCACAGCAGGAACGAGAUCUACCAGGACGAUCCUGAAUGGGAGGAAGCCACAGAAAUCGGCAGCCCCAGAACAUCGCCGACCUCGUACUCCACGUCGACUAUUCGCAGACCUGGUAGCAGCUACAGAACCCACGUCACGGACGCCAGCGACCACUUCGAGACUGCCAACGAGACCAGUGAUGCCGCCUUUGAGACUGCGAACGAGCGUGGUACCGAAACGGAAGACUUCCAGACUGGCGUUGAGGAUUUCUCUGGCUCUGAUGAUACCGAGACUGAGACCGAGAGCCCGUCUAAGGGUCGGGAGAUCCGUCCUCAGACUCUCGCUAUGGGAGGUGGCCGUAAUUCGUACGACAGCACUGCUUCGACAUCCGCCGACGAAGACGAAGACUACGUCGAGUACAUUCGGACGCCGACAUCAAAGCACUCUCACCAGCGCAUGCGCGUCAGGCUCAGCCGAGGACUUAUCAACCGCCGAUCCAGAGAAGCGAGCGAAGAGCCGGCUUACCAGAGCAGCCCGGCCAGCGCCGCCACGGGCAGCGCUGCAGGAACACCUCAAGCUGGCGGCCAAAGUCUCUUCGCUGAGCUUGCUGAGCUCGAAACCAGCGACGCUGAAUCUGUUGAGGGCACUCCCGGUCAUGCGAGGUCCGCCACGCCUGGCGCCGAAUCGGAGGUUUCUCAGUCCACGACGACAAUUCCCUCAUUGUCUCUGAACGACACUGCCGAUAGCAGCCUGAUGACUGACCCUGUCAAGAGGUCUGCGGCUGCCUCUAGGCCUGUGAUGGUUGAUGCUGGUGUAAUGACUGAUCCGAUCGUUGAAACGCCUCUCAGUGUCGUUCAUGACGAGCGCGAACUGUCAUUGAGCUCUAUGAUGGCUGCAAACAGGAUCACGGAUGGUCUCAAGUCUCGCCCGCUGUCGACGAUCUCAUACAGCGAUGCCGGUGCACAAUACGACAUGGAUGAGAAGCUGGCUCAAUUCCCAAUGCCACCGUCCAGCCCCAACCAGUUUGUUCUGCCGCCUCCUCCUGAGCUCAGCAUCUCCUCCAUCGACACUCAGGACAUCGAGCCUGUUGUCGAGCCGGAGACGCCUCCUCCUGCUCCAGCUCCGUUGACCAUGACAUCACUGGUGUCCGAGGUUGUCGAACCUAAGGCUGAGCCCGAGAUCGUGCCGCCGGCACCAGCCUUGGCAUACACUCCUCUUGUCUCGGAAGCCGUGGAGCCCAAGGCUGAACCUGAAGUGCCACCUCCCACGCUGAGCAUCUCAUCUUUCCUCUCUGAGGCGGUCGAGCCAAAGGCCGAGCCAGAUGUGCCGCCUCCAGUGUUGAGUCUCUCUGCGCUGCAAGCUCACAACCUUGAACCCGUGGCAGAGCCUGAGGUGCCACCGCCUGCUCUCAGUUUGACUGCACUCCAGUCUCACGAUAUUGAGCCUAUCGCCGAGCCUGAGGUACCUCUUCCAGCUCUCAGCCUUUCGGCCCUGCACGCUCAUAACCUUGAGCCUGUUGCUGAACCGGAUGUCCCGCCUCCGGCUCUGAGUCUUUCCGCUUUGCACUCCCACGACCUGCAGCCCAUUGCCGAGCCAGAAGUUGUGAUUGCUUCACCCGAUCUCACAUUGUCGGCACUCGUGUUCGAAGAUAUUGAGCCCAAGGUCGAGCCAGAAUCCGAGUCUGCGACUGUCAUGGCCGUGCCAACGCCUAUCCCGGCGCCGGCACCAGCCCCCACUCUCAGCUUGUCCUUCAUCACUUCUGAGGACGUCGAGCCUAGAGCGGAGCCUGAGGUUCCUGUGGCUUUGCCUACUCUCAGCCUUUCUUCCAUCUCGGCGGAGCACGUCGAGCCCAAGGCCGAACCCGAAGUCGUCCAUCCGGCGCCUGUUCUGAGCCUCUCUGCGCUCUACUCCCACAAUCUUGAGCCGCGGGCAGAGCUCGAAGUCUCACCACCUGCCCUUACGCUGUCAAAUAUUGUUGCAGAGAACGUCGAGCCCAAGGCCGAGCCUGAGAUCGUCCCGGAAGUGCCCUCGUUAUCCUUCUCGUCGAUUACGGCAGAGAACGUUGAGCCAAAGGAGGAGCCUGAGGUCGUUCCGCCCAUGCCAUCUCUGAGCCUUACACCGAUUGCGUUUGAAGAUAUCGAGCCGAAGGCUGAACUCCCCCCCUCUCUCACCAUGUCUUCAUUCUCGGUCGCGGAUAUUAAGCCCGAGGCUGAGCCAGAGAUGCCACCGCCAGCCCUCACUCUCUCGUCUAUCGCCUCCGAGCACAUCGAGCCAAAGGCUGAAGCUGAAGUUCUCGCGCCUCCGCCUGCCAUUCUCGCCUACUCCAACAUUCAUUCGCAAACGGUGGAACCGCGCGCGAAUUCUCUCCCCGCGUUGGAUUUCUCCUCUCUCCAGUCACAGCAGGUCGAGCCUGUGCAAGCAUCCGAAACCAUGGUUCCCAAGCCGAACUUCGCCUUCUCCAACAUCGAGUCAAUCGAGACCCAUCCGAUCUCGCCUCGUAGCCCCAAGCGGGAUGGCUUCAUCAUUCCCACCGACAUGGAGUCACCAUUCGAUGAGACGGACAGGCCAAGGACGCCCAAGAAGGCUCUUAUCGGAUCCGUGUUUGGUCGCGGCAAGAACAAGGCCCCGGACAGCCCGGUCAUUGCAGAGGAUGAGACGAGGCAGUCACCGAGCGAGGUCCGUCAGUCUGAGACUCCUGAGUCCCAGCGGCCUUUCAAGGAGAUCUCAACCAACGCCAACGGUCGCCCUGUUCGCAAGGCCACGAGCCAAACAACUGAUAUGGGCGCUCAAACCUCCCUCACGGCGGAGGCAAUCGAUGAGAUGCUGCUGGCAAAGGAGAAGCCUGUCGAGUCACUAGACAAGUCAAUCAUCGGUACUCCGAGUACUUCGGGCACUGUUCGUAUCCGCCGCCCGUCGCAUGACAGCCUCAGCAGUGUGUCUACGGAGCAGAAGAUGGACCUGGCAAACAGGAGACCUGGCAGCUCUAGCAGCAGCCGUGCGCUUAACCAGCCACUCCCGCCUCUGCCUUCGAACCACAAGGAGGCCAUCGAGGCAGCAAGAACUGGAUCUUCGCAGGGAAGCUCAUCGGUCAUGGGUCCUCCUCUGUGGCCCGCUUCCGCUAUGAGGCAUCAACGCCCGCACACGCCCAAUGGUGGAAGGCCACAAUCUCCUCUGUCAAUUGCUACUAAGCAUUCGGCCACUCCUCGUAUGGCCCGGGCCGGUCCUUCAUACGGAACAGCCGACGUUCAGUCCGUCCAGUCUCCGACUAAGCUGUCGACUAUGAGCAGACAAUCGUCGGUGUCCUCAUUCGUCUCUGAAAUCGACCAUCGCUUCAACCCUCGUAACGAGCUGGGCGGCAUGGACCCAUCCGGCUUUGGUGCUAACACCGAUCCUCGCAUGAUCCAGGCCAUCACUCAGACCAUGAUUGGUGAAUACCUGUGGAAGUACACUCGCAAGGCUGGCCGUGGGGAAAUCUCCGACUACAGACACAGACGGUACUUCUGGGUUCAUCCGUACACUCGCACUCUGUACUGGGGCGACCGUGACCCCGCCUCUGCCGGCCGUUCUGAGCUCCGCGGCAAGAGUGUACCCAUCGAGGCUGUUCGCGUGGUAACGGACGACAACCCCAUGCCUCCUGGUCUCCACCGCAAGAGCUUGAUUGUCAUUUCUCCUGGCAGAACUAUCAAGUUCACCUGCACAACGGGCCAGCGACAUGAGACCUGGUUCAACGCUUUGUCUUACCUGUUGCUUCGUACUGCUGAUGAGGGUCAAUCUGACGUGGAGGAGAUGGCAGGCAACAUCACACAAGCCGAUGUGGAUGAGUUUAACCCCCAAUUUGGUCGCCGUACUAACUCCACGGCUCGACCCCGCCCGCCGCCAUCCCUGUCCUCGUACAACUCGCGGACCACUCGCAACCAGUCUCCCGCGAUCGACAUGUCGAUGAAUGUUCCUACACUGACCCCCAACAAGGGCCAGGCCCAGAGACCUUCAAUCGGAACCCUGGGAAGGAUCAGCGGCUACUUCAACACUUUCUCGAGUCUGAGAAGCCGCAGUGGAGUGGCGCCGAACUCCAGCAUCUACGAGGCUAGCGAGGUGCACGAUAGUGCUGAAGACGUAAGGGAGAUUAUUGAGAAGCAAGAUCGGGAGGCCGACAGGCUUGAGAACGUGCGCGCCUGCUGCGAUGGGAAGCACGACGUUGGUACUCUUCACCACCACUCUAAGAGAGCCCGGACGCUCUGCAUCUGCCAUGAGCACUCUGAGGUCACGAGCCUGAACCUUGUGGUUUCAAGACCCGUCGACACUUCCACGCGGCUGUUGAGCAGCCCUCUCAAGUAA